CUGCGAGUAGCACGGAUCGGUGCGAGGGAAGGAGGCUGUCGCUACAUGCCGCCGCCGUUGCUGCCUUACGGAAAACUCUAACGCGUCGGUCUUCAGAGGAAACGGGCGACUUUAUCGGAAUUUACACCAUGUACCGCAGGGGGGGUGCGAUGUUAACGCUCCUCGCGGCUUUGCAGGUGGUGGUAUGGGGUGAAGGGGCCACGCUGUGUGAGCCGGCCUUCACGCAGCCAGAGUACAGCGUCAUCGUUAGUGACGUUAUCACCGAGGGACAGGCCCUGCUAAAAGUAAGUUUUGUGGACUGUGGCAGAGGUUCUGGUCUGCGCUUUGAGAGUGGAGAUCCUGCAGAUUUUCGAAUAGGAGCAGAUGGCACAGUAUACGCUGCACGAACUCUACAUCUAUCUGAGAGGAAGGGACAGAGCCUCAAGAUCAGGAUGAAGGAUGCAGAGGCUCAGGAGGUGUGGCUUACACAUGUCAGCUUCACCCUUCCAAACACACCUAAACAGGUACCUGAGAUUGUGUUCCCAUGGCGCAGUGUUGUUGUCGGGGGUGACGGGAGUGUCAGUCGUGUGAAAAGGGACUGGGUCAUCCCUCCUAUCAAUGUUCCCGAAAACUCCAGAGGACAGUUCCCUGAGGAGCUCGUCAAAAUCCGCUCAGACAGGGAUAAGAUUAACACGCUCCGCUACAGUGUGACCGGACCAGGAGCUGACCAGACCCCCACGGGACUCUUUAUCAUCGACCCCAUCACAGGACAGCUGUCAGUCACCAAGCCCCUGGACCGAGAGCAGAUCUCCAACUUCCAUCUACGAGCUCAUGCAGUGGACAUUAAUGGGAACCAAAUGGAGAACCCCAUUGAUAUUGUAAUCAAUGUCAUCGACAUGAAUGACAACAGACCAGAGUUUUCGCAUCAGAUCUGGAACGGCACUGUGGAUGAGGGCGCCAAGCCAGGCUCCUUCGUGAUGACAGUCACAGCGCAGGACAAGGACGACCCGAACACAGCCAACGGCAUGCUGAGGUACAAGAUCCUGUCUCAGAGCCCAGAGAGCCCCUCCACCAACAUGUUCACCAUCAACAACAAGACGGGCAAAAUCAUCACUGUAGCUGCCGGCCUUGACAGAGAGAAAGUGUCCCAGUAUACUCUGAUCAUCCAGGCUACUGAUAUGGAGGGUAACCCCAUGUAUGGCCUGUCCAACACGGCCACCGCCAUCAUCCGUCUGCUGGAUGUCAACGAUAAUGCGCCAGAGUUCACUAGAGAAACGUUCCAUGGGGAGGUCCCUGAGAACCGGGUUAAUGUGAUUGUCACCAAUCUGACAGUGACUGAUAAAGACAAGCCAGGAACUCCGGCCUGGAACGCCGUGUACCGGAUCACAUCUGGCGACCCAACCGGCCGCUUUUCCAUCCCUACUGACCCCACCACCAACGAGGGCCUCAUCACUGUGGUUAAGCCAAUUGAUUUUGAGAUGAGUCAUCUGUACACGUUAAUUGUGGUGGCUGAGAAUGAGGUUCCACUGGUGGGCGGGAUCCACCGCACCCGCCAAUCAACAGCCACCAUUUCCAUUCGCAUCAUAGACGUGAACGAGAGCCCCAACUUUGACCCGAACCCAAAACAGGUCAAAUUGGAUGAGGGACUUCCAGCAGGGUCAACGCUGACCACAUUCACAGCUCAUGACCCUGACAGACAAGGGCAGAGUAUCAGAUACUCGAAGCUGUUUGACCCAGCGAACUGGUUGGAGAUCGACCCCAACAGCGGACGCAUCUCCACCAUCACCCUGCUUGACCGCGAGUCACCCUAUGUCAGAAACAACCUCUACAACGCCACCUUUAUGGCCUCUGACAACGGUAUUCCUCCGGCCAGUGGGACGGGCACUCUGCAGAUCUACCUGCUGGACAUCAAUGACAACGCUCCUCGCGUCUUUCCCCGCGAGGCUGAGGUGUGUGAGCGGCCCGAGCCCAACGCCAUCAACAUCACUGCUGUGGACGGAGACCUGAGCCCUAACGCCGGGCCGUUCGCCUUCGAGCUCGCCAUCCGCCCCUCUGAUGUCCGCCGCAACUGGACUCUCACCCGCCUCAGUGGCGAAUAUGUCCAGCUGAGUCUGAAGAUCGGCUACCUCCACAGCGGCGUCUAUGAGGUGCCCAUCCUCAUCACAGACUCGGGCAACCUGCCAAUGGCCAACACGUCAUACCUGCGCGUGAAGGUGUGUCAGUGCGAUCACCACGGGGACUGUGUGGACAUGGAGCGCAUCAUGGCGGCCGGACUGGGCACCGGGGCCAUCAUCGCCAUCCUCAUCUGCAUCAUCAUCCUCUUGGUCCUCGUGCUGCUGUUUGUCAUGUGGAUGAAGAGGAGAGACAAGGAGAGGCAGGCGAAGCAGCUGCUCAUCGACCCGGAGGACGACGUCCGAGACAACAUCCUCAAAUACGACGAGGAGGGAGGAGGAGAGGAGGACCAGGACUAUGAUCUGAGUCAGCUGCAGCAGCCCGACACCCUGGAGCAUGACCUGGUGAAGCCCGUGGGCAUCCGACGGCUGGAUGAGAGGCCGCUCCACCCGGAGCCCAGCUACCCCCUGCGCUCAGCUGCACCGCACCCUGGAGAUAUCGGAGACUUCAUCCACGAGGGCCUGAAGGCAGCGGACACAGACCCCACGGCGCCCCCCUACGACUCGCUGCUAGUGUUCGACUACGAGGGCAGCGGCUCCACAGCAGGCUCCCUGAGCUCGCUGCACUCGUCCAGCUCCGGCGGUGACCAGGACUACGACUACCUCAGCGAGUGGGGGCCACGCUUCCGCAAGCUGGCCGACAUGUAUGGCGGAAACGACGACUAGCGGCUCCUCCCAGCUCUGGGCCGACCACACACCAACGGAGGGAGAGGUACAAACGAAACGAAAAUAAAGAUAAAAUGAGUAAAUAACUACAAGAAAAUUUUAAUUUUUUUUUUUAUCAUGGACACGGACAGUGUGUAAAAAUCAGAAGAAUGAAGAAACUGAUAUUCCCACAAGAGAGGAUACGAGAGAGAGGGAGGGAGAGAGAGAGAAAGGCGGAUCACCAUGGCAACAAAACUGGCUCUUUCCCAGGUUUUCCGCUAGAGCCAAAGAGAGUCGACCGAAGGAAUCUCGACCAGCUCUGGAUCCAGACGGCUUUUCCUCCUUUGCCUGAGUGAAGUACCACUGGUACGAAAAACACAAAUCACACUACACUGAAGAAACGCUCAGAGAACUAAGAUGGACACUGAGUUACACUUGAAUCUCACAGUACAGAAGCACUGGGAUAUUAACGUGCCUUUUUGUACAUUUUUGUUUUCGUUGUCGCUUUAUUUCCGCUUUUAACCUCAGACCUGAUCACUCGGUUCCUGCCCACUGGUUCUCCUGAGUUUCGGAGUGUUUCUGUCGUAAGCCUGGUUUUCCAAUGUGGCUGCGCCUUGCCAUGCUUCUGUUUGUUCGUUGUUUGACCCCCAUCCUGUAUCAAAACAGAGUCAGAACAGAAACCCAGAGAGCCACAUUGUACAGUCAUGCUAGAAGUUAGUUUUCGAUUUGUGUCAUCGGGUUUCCUUUUCCCUACAUUCUUCAUUUUAACUUAUGCAGCAGAGGGGAAUGUCCCACCAUUGUUGGGUAGCAGAAUGUUUUCGUUGUUAGUUUAAUUACUUUUUUAUGUGAUAUAUUAUUUUACACAAAUAAACUAUUCCUUUUGCUCACGCUCCACCUGCCUUAGUCAGCCAUGAUAUUCUUUCGUUUUUUACUUCACUGUAAAUGAAAUGAUGUGUACAUAGCUUUUCUUCUUCUUUCUUUUUUGUUGAUGUAGUCUAUGAUGAAGUACAAGGGAACAUGAAACUUGUAUAUGUAUAAUUUGGACUACAAAUGAAAGGCUUUUUGCAUGUUUUUAUCUUUUCGGUAUAAAAAGGUAUUUCCAAAAUUUGUUUACCCACACACAAAAAAAAAAGUCAGUCUUUGGAAAGGCAGCAGCUUUCUCCAGAUCUGCUCAAGCCCCCGGCUCCUGUCCUCCUCCCUGAACUCCAUCCCCUCUUCACCUCCCUCCUUAACUCCCUUUACUCCUGAUCUCCCCUCAACUCCCUCCGCUACUGAACUUCCCUCCGCUCUGCCAAUGUAAAUGAAGGUUUUAUUUCUGCAAUCUCUUCUCGUAGCUGCUAGUCUCUGUCGUCCCAGGCCUUUAGUGUAGUUCUUUAAAAAUGCCUCCUCCUUC